UGAUCUUCCAGUUGGCGCUUUGCACUGUUGUUACUGCACAGAGCAAACAUUAGAGUUGUCAUACUGAGAUGAGCAGAAAGCACUCAGUGUAUUUGGCCACUUCUCCGGAUAACCAGAAGGAGACUGACGCGCGAAUUUCUGUCUGUCUCUUCUCAUAUCCUUUAUAAUAACUAGCUUCUCAGUUCAGUUGUGUCUCACAAACUACAAUUUAUUUUCUCUAUUUCAAGGGGCUGCUGGAAAUCUUUCUGAAAGCUUUCCAACAUACUCGUUCACCAAACAGAAAUAUAAACCACAGCACUUAUACAUUAAAGAAGAAGAAGAAAAUACAAUGGAGGUGCGAAUAUUGUCGGACAAAGACCAUGAUGAGUACACGUCAUGCGGACUUCUGAACGAUAAGUGAUUUAUUUACACGUGGUGCAUUGAAUCGCUAGAGAAAUUCCCAUGAUUUUAGAUUAUGCUUGAACAACAUGACUUUGGUUCUCCCCUAGAGUACACGUCAUGUGGACUUCUGAAAGAUUAGUGAUUUACACGUGGUGCAUUGAAUCGCUAGAGAAAUUCCCAUUAAACGCACUGGAGAAAUGAAGGAACGCCUCCGAAUAAGUAUAAACUGAUUCGGGAUGAAAUCUAUUAUCGCGUAAAGCUUCAUAUUUCACUUUCGAGAGGAGGUUCCAAAAAAACCUGUUUCCGAGAGUAACAGGAAAAUAACAGGUCUGCCGAACAAGAUGGGUAAACCUAUCAGUGAAAAACAGAAACAAACAAAUAGUCGCUUCGUCUUCGAUAGUUAUGGCGACCCGGGCCGGAUGUGAACUAAUGUCGACAUGUCCAGAGUGUAAAUCCGGUAAUUCCUUGUUUCGCAUCCAUUGCCAUAAAAACACUUUCCACACUUUGUGGCCGCGGAUGUCCUGUAAGAGUGUUAGAGUGAUGAUCAAGUUCGGUCAGACAAGUGUUGGCGUUUUAGGUUUAGAAUAUUGUCCAGGCUAUACAGACACGUUCGGCAUGUGGAACACAGGUUUCUACUGUCCAGAAAAGAAGCCUAAUGAACCCGUAUACUGUUGUGGAACGGACACUUACAAGUACUGUUGUACCAAACGUGACGUUUUUAAGGCCGAGGAAUCUGGGGAUGAUCAGCCACUGAUAAUCGCCGUAUCGCUUGGCUCGUUACUGGUUGUGGCGCUUGUGACCCUGAUCACGUGUCUUUUGUAUCGUUGGAAUCACAUACGUAAACGGAGACAUCCCAUUGUUAACAGAGGUUCUUUGUAUCGUCUCCAUUGUAGCAGCGCCACCAGCGAUGUGACCAAUAUGUACUCCUUUUCUGGACAACCUAGUGUUACAACGACACCUGGUGAUGCCGUUGUCAAUUACCAACAAGAUGACACUGUUCUUCGAAUUCCGUCUUAUAAUGAUUCGUUAUGUCAGCACGUGAUAUCUAAUAUUCCAAAUGCACUACUUCAGCCUUCUCCUCACUGUCCCUUAGUGGCUGGGGAUCCCCCACCUCCGUAUCAAUUAGACAAUUCCUACCCGCUGUUGUUUGUACCCAACCAGGAUUUUGUAACCAUUCCAGUUUCAAGUUCAUCCAACAUCAGUUUUUCUCGUCCCUUUGGAAGUCCAACUUUGUCUCAAGCAUCAAACACGUCCGACAAUGAUCAACUUUCGAUCAGAAAUGGAUACUGGUCAACAAAAUUCUGAAGGAUAGUAUUAUCUGAAAAAAAUACGUGGUUCAUUUAAUUUAUCGUGCACUGUUUUAUGCCUGAGACUUCACAAAGAUAGCAUUGGUAACGACGGUGAUAUUUGAGCGUGACGAUUAAGUGCCCGAUAGAUGACGUUUGAUAAAGUUAAAUACCAGGCUUUCAAUUAAGUCUUGUGAGAUUGACAGGUGACUCAGAUGUUUGUCGAAAAUAAAUACGUGAUAAGUUAUUAAUUGUAAAAUUUUUAAAUAUUUCUUGUUGUAACUUUCAUAGUUAAAAAUAUCGUCUUGAAUGAAGAUCUACUUCAUUUAGAAAUCAAAACAAAUAAUUUAUCUCAAAAUAAAUACGAUUUCGGUCUCACCGUGUUUACGUUAUUUAGUUUGUGUGAUCUCCUUUUGGGAUUUUACUCACAAUAAAUACGAUUUCGGUCUCACCGUGUUUACGUUAUUUAGUUUGUGUGAUCCUUUUGGGAUUUUACUCACAAUAAAUACGAUUUCGGUCUCACCGUGUUUACGUUAUUUAGUUUGUGUGAUCUCCUUUCGGGAUUUUACUCAGAAUAAAUACGAUUUCGGUCUCACCGUGUUUACGUUAUUUAGUUUGUGUGAUCUCCUUUUGGGAUUUUACUCAAAAUAAAUACGAUUUCGGUCUCACCAUGUUUACGUUAUUUAGUUUGUGUGAUCUCCUUUUGGGAUUUUUACUCACAAUAAAUACGAUUUCGGUCUGACCGUGUUUACGUUAUUUAGUUUGUGUGAUCUCCUUUUGGGAUUUUACUCAGAAUAAAUACGAUUUUGGUCUCACCGUGUUUACGUUAUUUAGUUUGUGUGAUCCUUUUGGGAUUUUACUCAAAAUAUAUUAUCUCACAUCAUUAAAAAAUCUAUUAACUUUAUUAUAAAUUAAUAAUCGGCAAACGAAUAAAUGCCAAAAAUCUUUGUUUUCUGUUUACUGCAUAAUUGUAAUUAUAAACAGUUUGAAUGA